CCGUGGGGACAAGAGACACUCCUCCGACUGCCUCACUCGAGUCCACGGCAGCGCGCACGUUCGGCGCGCACAGGAUUUCAGAAAGCGCGCGGGGCUCGAUCGGCGAACGGCGACGAGCAGCGACGGCCGCACCAUGCGAGAGAACAGGCUGAUCCUCGUGGCCGCUUUCCUGCUGCUGCAAAGCGGUCUGGAGCCGGCGACUGCCCAGAACCAUGAGAGCACGCCCGGACAGUUCCUGACCGAGAAGGCGUCCAUGCCCUACCAGUUCUCGUACUUCGCCGGCGGACACGACGGCAGCCACUCGCGCCACGAGACGCGCGACGCCAACGGCCGCGUCUCGGGACACUACACGCUGGCCACGGACGAAGGCUCCCAAAGGGUCGUCUGCUACGUGGCCGACGAGAACGGGUUCCGCGCCUGGGUCGACACCAACGAGCCGGGCACCGACAACCAGGACCCCGCCGAUGUCAGCGUCCGCUCCACGGCGCCCGGCACGGCGGGAGUGCCGCGCGGACCAAUCAGGGGCGUCUGCGGCAGCCCCCCGCCCCCGGCGGGUCCUCCGGCCCAGACCCAGAUCCUGGUGACGUCUCCGCCUGUCGUCAUACCGCCUCCGGUGCGCAAGCCGGCCUACGUGCCACCGCCGGCCGUGCAUCAUCAGGAGGUCAUCGUGCCUCCUCCGGUUGUCAAGGUGUACCCUCCUCCCGUGCAGCAGGUCGUGGUGACGCCUCCGCCGCGCAGGGUGGCUUACGUUGCCCCCGAGCCCCCGACGUACGUCGAGCCGCCACCCGUGCGACCCUACGUGCGCAAGGUGGUAGUCAAGAAGCCCAUCAACAGCUACCACGUGCCUCCACCCGAGCCGGUAAAGACCUACUACGUACAUCCCCCGCAGCCAGCCAAGACGUACUACGUACCUCCACCGCAACCUGCCAAGACCUACUACGUUCCACCACCGUCUCCACCAAAGACCUACUACGUCCCGUCCCAGCCCGUGGUGGUGGAGCCUCCACGCCGGCGUCCCCCGCCGACUCGCCGCCUGUCGUACCAGCCGGCACGCGAGGAAGUGCUGCCACCUUCGCGGCCGACGUACUACGACACGCCGCCGACGCCGCCCAGGCCUGUGUCCGUGCAGGAGGUCUACGUGCCUUCGAGACCCGUGUACCGCGGCUCCUCGUGCUCGGGCUACUGCGGACCCAAGGUGACGGCGCGCGUCGAGCCGCGGCCGGAGCCUCCUUCGUACGUCAACACACGGCAGGACGUCAGCUACUCGGUCAGGAGGGGACCCUACGUUGCGCCAAGGUACGAGCCGUGGACUCAGUCGUCGUACAAGACGUACCGCACGUAUAACGAGCCGCCGCAGCCGUGGCGUCCCAAGGGGGACGUCCCGAUUGGCGUCUCGUACAAGAUGAGCAUCUCCCGGAGUCCCGGAGGCCCCUACCCGUGGCAGGACGAAGUGGUCAGCCGGCCCGGUCCUUACUACCGGCACGCGCAGCCCUCGACGCCGCCCUCGGGACCGCACUAUUACAGGCCCGCUGAGUCUGCGCCCGAGCCAGUCUACCCGUCACGAUCCCAGGGAGGCUACGCCAAGAACGACCUGCAAGACGACGACGACGACACGUACGACUUCAAGAGGCCCAGCUACGGUUGAGCGCCCUCGAACUCCCGCAGUGGCCCCCGACUGGUGACUCGGCAAGGCAGGAUCUCUCGCGAACCAGGCAGCUACACCUACUCUACCCUUCUUCCCUAUUUCAACAGCUUUGUCAAUAAAAGAAAACGCUUCUACGA